AUGUCGUCGGAAAAUCUCAAGAAUGACACUCAGAAGAGGCGACCCCUACGACGACCACUGCACAAGAAAGACGAUGGUUGGUUCUCCUGGGUCUUGCCCGCGUUGCAAUCGCGUCGAAUGUUGAAGACGUGGUUGCGGUGUUGUGUCGCAUUGUGUGUGACGCUCAUCCUCAUGGUCGUUCCCGGACCGUCGCUCACAAUGGGUCAAGCUUCGUUCUUUGCUGCCAUCCUUGCCACAAUGUUACCUCCUAAUUUCGCCUUCUCUAUUUUCUUCAUGGCUAUGACGACGCUGUUCCUCGGAAUUCUCAUUGGUUGGGCAUGGGGAGCGGCCGCGAUUGCAGCAGCGCACGCUGUCCGAAGUACAAGUUUGCUCGCACAACAGCGGCAGAAAUUCCAGGCUUCAAUCGACCCCAACGUCUCCGUCACCCUCCAAACCCAACUUGCAACCUUCCACGGCCUGUUCCUCGAUGUCAGGUCUUCCGCCGUACAUGGGGUAUUUGUUUUCGUCGGCUCCUAUGCCCUCGCCGCCGUGAGGGCAUUCGUCCCUAAUCUUGCGUUGCUCAGUAUCUUCGGAACGGUUGUGAUAGACGUGAUAGGCACCGCAGGACCACUCAUCCCAACUACGGAGUAUAUGAUCCCGAAGCCGUUUAUCCUUCCCGCUUGCUUUUACGCCGCCGUCGCCCUGGCCAGCAUCGUGUUUAUUUUCCCCGAAAGUUUGAGCCAUGUUUGGCUGACAAUGCUUCUUGAUGAUUUUUGGACUCCAACCCUCGACCUCUUCCGCCUUCAAAGUGAAGCUCUCACCGCCGCACCGUCCGACCGCGACAAAUGGGAAGAGAUGAACACUAGAGGAACGGAACUUCGCGGAAAGAUGCUCGAGGGGCUCGAGGUGCUCAACCAAAAAGUCGGGUUGAUCGACCUCGACUGCUCACUUGGUCGUCUCGGCCCGGCUGACUUGAAGAAAAUUAGCGCAGAGCUCAAGUCGAUGAUGUUCCGCGCAGGCGCUAUGCACUCUUUCCAAAUGUUCGUUAAUGACGCUAACGAAUUCGCCCAGGACGAGCGUAUCCUCGAAGAAAAGGCGCAGCGCGGAGACGCGACGCCCAACCGAUACCACGUCCUACAUCGCAAGAUCCGCGACCGCGAGGCGCAGCAUGGCCAUGGCCUCGACGCGCUCGUGCCCAUCCUCGCGUCUUCCUCGGCGGAGCUACGGGCCGCGUGCGAGUCGGGCCUACUGUGCAUCAUGGACUUCUUGAAGGAGGCGAACACGCGCCGGUGGUCGUCCUUUGUGUUUAGGGCUACGCCCGAGCAGGUGGAGGAUCGUCAUAGGAAGCUUGGGAAGACGCUGAAGACGCUUGAGAAUGCGUGGGACGAUUUUAAGAGCGUUCAAAGGGUUAAUUUGGUGAAGCCUUUUGAGGCGUUCUUUGACCCGCAGACGAGGCAGCUCAAGGACAACUCUGAUACGUUUGCCACCAAGUCUUUGUUCAUCUGCUUUGUCUUCAUCGACACACUCGAUUCUUUCUCCGAGCGCCUCAUAAAGAUGCUGAAGACGCUCCAAGAAAUCGACGCCCAACGUCCGCAGCAAAGUUCUGGUUCCCCGGCCGGAUCGCCCGCGUCAAAGAGAAUAUCACGGCAGGACACUUUACAGGCUCCGCUGGGAUAUCGAUGGGCACCGCUGCAGACCCGACGUCAUUCGAUACUCCGCGGGAAAACACUGCACCGCCGAAGCGACGCGACCCAGACGCCUUCCCACCCACAACAGCAUUCGGGCGCUUCUUCGUUUCUCUCAAAGUUCUUCCGCUUCCUCAAGUCACCCGAGGGUAUCUUCUCGCUCCGAGUCGCCGUCGUCUCAUUCGCUCUCUGGAUUCCUUCUGUCAUACCCUCCAGUGCAUGGUUCUAUUACGAGCAAAAGGGAAUGUGGGCUUUUGUCAUGGCUCAGACUGCGCUCGCAUUGUACGCUGGUGAUCAAAUCAUGAGUUUCCUGAUUAGGAUUAUCGGAACGGUUGUUGGUCUCCUGCUCGGCAUUGCAGUCUGGCAUAUUGGUGCCGGACACGGAAACGGCAAUCCAUAUGGUAUCGUGAUCGCCUCGGUAAACAUCCUGGGCGCCUACACCUUUUCUAGCCUUCUAAUCCCCUUUUCAGACAAUCUUCCUGCUCCUUUCGUAUUCGCACGAAUUGCCGGACCCCAGUCGCAAAUCCCAAUCUGGACCAUGAUUCCGACCACCAUCCUCUUCGUCACUAAUUGGCCACUACUGGCUACACGACACAGCGCAACGUUUUUGAGCCAGCACUGGCUCCAGCUGGCUUUGCGCAAAGCCUCUAAUCCACGAAGUCGUUGGAUACAGCUGGAUCAAUGCAAAUCACCCCAGUCUCACCGCUCCCGUGUCGGCAUCCACUUGGGUUGGAAGCGAGCUCUCCUUGUUGUGGUCAGAUUCACGGCAGCAUUCAUCAUGAUGGUAUUCCCAAAUCCCAUGUCAUCUCGUGUCCUCGUUCGGAAGACGCUGGCUGCGACGAUCGGCGAGACUGGCAAUAUCCUUGCAGGAGAAAUCGAGGCGUUUUUAGCCGAAGAGGCCAAAGCACGCUGUGGGCAGUAUGACACUGUCCCGGUCAGCAAUGACGCUGUGGUUGACGAAGACAAGGUGUCGCCGAAGGAGAAAAGAAUACGAAAGAUUGGGAAACGGGUGUUGGCAGUUGCGAUGAGAUUGAAAGAGUUGUACGAGUCCUUCACGUUCGCACGUUUUGAACCUCAGCUUGCCGGGACAUGGCCCCAUGACGAGUACCACGAAUUAUUUAAUCAGCAAGCAAGACUCAUCGGAGGCCUCACACCGUUCAUGAACCCGAACUUCCUCUCCGACAUCUUUACGACUCUGUCUAUCCUCUCCAACUCUCUCAAAGACGGCCACCCUCUCCCCGCAUACCUCCCCACCCUCCGCGACAGGCUCAUCUAUCACGAAUACCACCCACGCGGGCACCAUUCUUCCCUCUACUCACGCAUCGUCCAGAAAGCCCGCCCAGUCGCCGCACAGAAACUGAACCUCGACCUGAAACUGGGCGAAAAACCGAACUCGAGCGGCAGGGACCUGCAUAUUCCCGGGUCGUUCUCGGAGGCGGAUAGCUACACGGAGGUGGAGAUGAGGAAGGCGGCGAGCCCUGCGAAGGUGGAUGGGUCGAGUAUGGGACUGGACAUGGAGGAAUUGACGUUGGAUGUCCUAAUGGAUGAGCAACUUCCUGCGCAUUCUACAGCCGUAGUCGCGUUCUCGAGCCUCAUCACCCGCAUUGACGAAAUGACCGAAAUUCAGUAUUAUCUGGACCGGGAAGAGCGUGCGAUUGGCGGAGGCUUCUCUGAGAGUCCUUGA